GUAUCCCAUUCUGCUCACAUAUAUCGGAGCAUCCUGCUCAAGGUAGUCCGGCCACGUCGUAUUCCCCUUCUCGCUCGAUGGCGGACGCAAUCAGUAAACUCUACGGAGACGCUGUGGCCUCGGGACUGGUUCCCGGGGUUUCCGUGAUUGCGGGGGAUAAAGAGGGGAAGGUCCUGUAUUCCAAGUCGUUCGGCAAGGCCAGUCUACGAAAAGACCGAGAUGAGCCGUUCACGGAGUUCUCGGUCUGCUCCAUCGCAUCCCUGACCAAGCUCAUGACGUCAGUGGCCGUGCUGCAGUGCGUCGAGCAAGGCAAAUUGAACCUGGACCAAGACGCCAGGCCCAUGCUUGCCCUGAUGGGUCAGCACGGUGUUAUCACUUCGUUUAACGACGAGCGCAACGCGGCUGUUCUCGAGGCCAACGCGACGCCCAUCACCCUGCGCAUGCUGCUCACGCAUACGUCGGGCCAUGAGUACCACUGGCUCAAUCCGCUGCUGGGCAAGUGGCGUGCCUCGCGCGGAGAGGCGGUCAUGAGCGGCGCAACACUCGACGAGAAGUCGGCCAUGCCCCUUGUCUUUGCACCGGGCGAAGGGUUUGCGUAUGGCCAGGGCCACGACUGGGCCGGCAGGGCCGUCGAACUGGUCACGGGCUCGACGCUGGACGAAUAUAUGUGCCAACACAUCUGGGCACCCCUGGGCAUUGAGAACGACACGACGUUCUCCCCCAAGACUGCGCCAGGCAUCUGGGAGAGAAUUGUCGACCUCAGCACACUCAACGAGAAGGGACAGCCCCCCGCCGUGGAUGCAUCUGACAGGUUUGACCAGAUGCUCAACUUUGCAGAUUGUUUUGGUGGCAUUGGCGUCUUCACAUCCGCCGCGGCAUUUUAUACAUUCCUCUCAGCUGUGUUCCGGCGCGACGCGCGACUGCUCCAGCCGGACUCGUACGAGGAGCUGUUCCGCCCGCAGCUCGACGCGGUUGCCGAGCAAGCGAUGAAUGAUUACCUGCACCGUUCGCCCAUGCACACGCAGCUUCUGGCGAUGGGUAUCCCGCCUACGAUUCGGAAGACAUGGUCUCUAGCAGGCAUGGUAGCUCAGAGCGGCCAGGAAGGCCGAUUUGGGAAGGGUACCACCCUCUGGGAGGGUAUGCCCAACCUCGAGUGGUUCAUGGACCAUGAGGCUGGCGUAUGUGGCACUGCAUUCUGCCAAGUCCUGCCCCCUUUGCACCCGAAUAUUAUGAGUCUUCAUGAACAAUUUCAGAGGGAGGUGUUUGGAAUGGUUCAGCGAGGUAGGUAGACACCGAGCGGUGAUGGUCUCAUUGGUGUUCAGGGGCGGUGAAGUCUCAUAGGUGUGUAGCGGCCAAGGUGCGAAAACCUC